UCCCGAACUGGUUCGGACUUCUGUUCGAGAUCUGUUCCACGAUUAGGGUUUCGAAGGUUGAAUUUCCGUCAUCCUUUUUAGUUGAUUUCUUCAAUUUUCUUAACUUUUUGGAAUUUGGAUCGAUCUUUCGAUUGAAGCUCUGUUGUUGAGACCUUCGACUUCUCUGAGAAUUCUGUGUGACUCGAGAAAGAAGAGAAAAUUGGGGAAAAACCAGGCAAAAUGGAGACUCAGAGGAUUAUUGAAUUUCCACACAAAAACAUGGAUAAACGUCCGAGGAAGAGACAGAGAUUAGCAUGGGAUAUGCCUCCUCCUGUUCCUCCUCCGAAGGUUCUUCCACCACCAUACUGCGGGCAGGAAUUUGGGAAUGGGCAAGUUCCCAAUUAUGCAUAUCCGUCCAUGUAUUGCAGAGGAGCUCCACGCGUUGGAUCGCCUCCAUGGAGGCCUGAUAAUAAAGAUGGCCACUAUGUAUUUUCCAUUGGAGAAUGCUUAACUCCUCGUUACACAAUUUUGAGCAAAAUGGGUGAAGGAACAUUUGGGCAAGUGUUAGAAUGCUUGGAUAGUGAGAAAAAAGAGGUUGUAGCUAUUAAAAUUGUUCGAUCAAUAAGCAAAUAUCGUGAAGCUGCCAUGAUUGAAAUUGAUGUCCUUCAGAGGCUGGCUAGGCAUGAUAUUGGAGGCACCCGUUGUGUGCAAAUUCGGAAUUGGUUUGACUAUCGUAAUCAUAUAUGUAUUGUAUUUGAGAAGCUUGGACCAAGCUUAUACGAUUUUCUUCGCAAAAACAGCUACCGUUCAUUUCCGAUUGAUCUUGUUCGGGAGUUUGCCAGACAACUUCUGGAGUCUGUAGCAUUUAUGCACGAGCUACGGCUAAUUCACACUGAUUUGAAGCCAGAGAAUAUUCUUCUUGUUUCCUCAGAGUUCAUUAGAGUCCCAGAUCAUAAGUUUUUAUCACGUUCAGUGAAAGAUGGUUCCUAUUUCAAGAAUCUUCCAAAGUCAGCUGCAAUCAAGCUCAUUGAUUUUGGAAGUACCACGACUGAACAUCAAGAUCACAGCUAUAUUGUUUCAACACGUCAUUAUAGGGCACCUGAAGUUAUCCUGGGUCUAGGUUGGAAUUAUCCUUGUGACCUAUGGAGUGUCGGAUGCAUACUUGUUGAACUUUGUUCUGGUGAGGCACUUUUUCAAACGCACGAGAACUUGGAGCAUCUUGCCAUGAUGGAGAAGGUUUUGGGCCCGUUGCCCCAACAUAUGGUUCUGCGUGCAGAUCGCCGUGCUGAGAAAUACUUCAGGCGAGGCAUGCAGCUAGAUUGGCCCCAGAGUGCAACAUCUCGAGAAAGCAUGAGAGCAGUCUGGAAGCUGCUGAGGCUGCCUAACCUUAUAAUGCAGCACGUUGAUCACUCGGCUGGUGAUUUGAUUGAUCUCCUGCAAGGCCUCUUACGUUAUGAUCCAGCAGAGAGGCUCAUGGCAAGAGAAGCACUAAGACAUCCUUUCUUCACUAGGGAUCUAAGAAGUUCGUUAUUUCCAGGUAAGCUUGGACAAGGACUAACAGUUGGAAUGUAGACAGCAAACUAAAGACUGACGUGGAAUUGAAAUCCGAGAGGCAAGACUUGCCGAAAAGAGCAUGUCUAAGAGUGAAUGAGCUUUGCCCCACCGUUUUUCGGUUACAACAGGUACAGAAUAGGAAAGCCAAACACGAAGAUGGAGGUAACAGGAAACGAUUGAGAACAGGCUGCUGAAUAUAUAUAAAAAUAUGAAACCUCUGUUGGAGAUAGGAAAUUGGGAAGAAGGCCAAUUAUUUGUAGGAGGUUUUUGACCAUGUGAAUGACGAAAGUUACUGGCAAUCAAUUGAUGAUGGUGUUCGGCUUUCAGGUUUUUUAUUGCCAGGCAAUUGGUAAAACAUCAUGCAACGAUGGCGUUUUCUUUAUGCCUUUGAACGACCAACCCAAAGGCCCCCAGAAAUUAUGACGUUUUAAGUUUUUAGUUUUAAUAUUUUUUUUUCUAUUCAAAAUGAUUUGUUUUUUAAAAAACACCAAUAAAGUAGUAAUUACGAACAAGAUUUUGAUCGAUAAGAAACCUAAGUUCUUUUCUCAUGUUUAAUAUUAUUUUCUCUCUUUCCUUUUUUCUUUUUAAAAAAUAAUAACUGUUUAAGUUUUAACUUGUGUAAAAUUCGAUUUUUUUUUAAAAAAAAGUUUAAGAAGCAUUCAAUUUUUUUUUUUCUUUUCCUUUUAAUAUACUUGAAAUUCGUUCCUAUUUAUUCUUAAAAUUUUCUACUAAGAUGCUUUUAUUUUUCAAUUGUUAUCAAGUUUAGUUACGAUUUUGUAAAAUGUGCUAUAGCAUAGAAAUUUAAUGAUGACAUUCAAGAAAAUAAAUUUAUUUAAAACUUAACACUUGAAACAGUACGAAAUAUAUUAUUAAUCUCGAAAGAAGAAGCUUGAAAUGAGAGAUAAAAAACAGUUUAAGAAAAGAUUUUGUGAGCUAAGAAAUGAGGCCUGCAAAUAUAAAUAUUUUUUUCGAAAAUGGCGCCAAUAAGGUAUGGCUUCUUUUGUCUUCCCUGUUAAACGACGUCGUAGACGGUAUCUUAUACCAAGGUUUCUGUACGGCCGUCAUCGUUAUUGUUCAUCUUCUACCUUGUGGGCAACGUGAUCAGGGUUUUGGAGCGCUGUAUAUCCCAUUCCUCUACUCCCGUCCGCUAUGGAAUCUCUUGGAAGACUGCAACACUGCCACCACUUACCGUCGUUUUCAAAACCACUUUCUUCACUUAGCUUCAGAACCCGACUGUCGAUACCGUCGCCGUCGUCUAAAUCAUCAUCCAGAGCAUUUCCCUCGUUCCUAUCGUCCUCCCUUGACUCAGUUUUCCAAACUCCGCGACGGCCCAGGUCCUCACUUACCCAAAUUCUAGACCCUAUUUCCUCAUCAGUCCUUAAAACCACCUGCGUUACUCUUACCACGGCCGCUGCUUUGUUUUUCAUGCGGUUUUGCGGAAAACCUGCUAUUGCAGCUCCCAUUCCUCCGCCUACGGUGGAGUCCGUGGAGGAAUCGACGAAAGACGAAGCUUCUCGUGGAGAGAAAGAGACGGUACUUGAAGAAGAAUUGGUGAACAAUUCCAAUGAUGUUGAAGCUCUUCAAUCGCUCAUUGAGGUAAAUGUUAAGGCUCGGAAGUUUCCUGAAGCUAUUAAAAUUCUAGACCGUUUAAUAAAACUUGAGCCCAAUGAUUUAGAAUGGCUUGUGUUGAAGGCCAACGUUCAUAGUCAUGUGGGUGACUCUGAAUUAGCGAGAAAGGAGUUUCAGAAGAUUUUAGAGAAGGAUCCUUUUCAAGUUGAGGCUUAUCAUGGGCUUGUUAUGUUAACAGAAACAUCAGAUAUUGAUUCGUUGAAGGCGAUUCUGAUUAGGGUUGAAGAAGCACUGGAACAUUGCAAAAAAUAUAAAGGCAAGUCUGAGGAAAGGGAUUUUAAGCUCUUGAUAGCUCAGAUUAAAGUUAUGGAAGGAAGUUACUCUGAAGCAUUGAAAGAUUACCAGGAACUUGAGAGGGAAGAACCGAGGGAUUUUAGGCCAUACUUGUGUCAGGGAAUUCUUUAUACCCUGCUUAAGAAGAAUGAUGAGGCUGAGAAGCAAUUUGAGGUAUUUCGAAGACUUGUUCCAAAGAACCACCCUUAUAAAGAAUACUUUGAUGAAAACAUGUUUGCAACCAAGCAAUUGGUACAGCAGAUUGAGAGGGAUGCAGCCGCUUCGAAUAAUUGAUUUGUCUUUUUAUAAUAUCUUCAUGACUUUCUAGUUCUGUAACCGAUGGUUUUGUUGCUUAAAAACUGUCAUGGUUGGUUGAAAUUAAGGGAUGAAAGGUAAAUAUGUUGUUAUUCCCAUUUUAGGGAGCUUGAUGAAUGUAGUUGUUUAACUGAAGUUGCUCUUUA